ACUUUUAUAUCCUCUUUUAAACCUCGUCUCAAGUCUAAAGCCCCAAACUCCUAAGUAGGGUUUAGGGUUUAUCAUCUCUCACUUUGAGUUAGAGAAACACUGGCCUAAGUCUCCGCAGAGAGCAUCUAACCAAACCAAUCAUUAAAAGCAUAAGAAUGGGAAAGCAAUUCGGUGCAAAACGAGGAUUGAAAAGGCAAAAGACGCCGGAUAAGUUUGAGAGAAGUUUACCGGCAAGAAACAGAAGGCGUGUCAAAGAUGAGGUUGCCCGUCGCUCCUCACCUACUUUGUCAGGGGAAUCAUCUGCAGAAGAAUCUAGCGGUGGUGGCUCAGUGGAAAUGAAUUAUAAGGAGCCAACAAUGUAUGAUAGGUUGUUGAAGAAACUCAGUUCUAAUAACAAAUCUGUUGCGGAUGCCUAUAAAAGGAGACAAGUUGCAGAAGAUGAUGUAACUGAUGGUGCUGAAUCACUUAGUGUAUCAGAAGAGGAGAAUGAUUAUGAGGAAACUGAUAAUGGCUCACUUCGAAUGCAAGAGCCUGACAUGGUUGGUACUGAAGAACAGACUGAAGAUGUUGAAACUGAAGAUGACUUGGAGACCUCUGACAGAGAUGAAGAUGAUGACUUGAGUGUCUGUGGUCCAUAUACUGUUGCCACCAGUUCAUUUACUAAACAUGUUGAGUACAAGUUGUCAAAAGUAGAGGCUGAAGAUUUGUCAAAGAAGAAAUGGAAGUAUACGUGGGAGUUGCCUGCUGCAGACAUAUCAAAAUGCAAGUGGGUUGGAACAGGAGAGUGUUUUCUAAAGGAUGAUGACUUGAAUUACAAUUAUGAUCUCAAGCAAAAGUUGUAUAAACACUGGUUGGAUGUCUAUAAGACAUCUGGAGGCAAUGACUUCCAUUCAUCUAAGCAGAGAUGGUUCUUCUCUCUUUGCAAUAGUUAUCGGGAUAUAUUGCACUGUGAGAAGAAACCUUUCUAUCACAAAGGCCUGGAAGAAGACUCAAAUAUUAUGGAUGCUUAUCUUAUGCAUUCUCUCAAUCACAUUUUUAGAACUAGAGAUCUUGUGAGAAAGAAUGAUGCAAAAAUCAGCAAGCAUCAAGAGAGUACAAAGGAGGAGAUACUUCCAGGUGAUGAUUUUCUUGAUCAAGGGUUUACUCGUCCCAAGGUUUUGAUCUUAUUGCCUCUGAGAAGUGUUGCAGUUCGUCUCAUUGAGAGGUUAAUACAACUAACUCCGGCAACUUCAAAGGUUAAUGUGGAGCAACUUGACCGUUUCUAUCAAGACUUUGGAGCUGAGGAGGUUGAAGGUGAUGAAGAAAAAGAGGAGCAAUCAAAGAAUGCUAAGCCUCAUAAGCCUCCCAAACCUUCUGAUCAUCAAUCACUUUUUAAGGGUGAUUCAAGAGAUGACUUUAUGAUAGGCAUUAAAUUUACUAGGAAGACCAUAAAGUUGUAUGGUGAUUUCUAUUCCUCAGACAUUAUUGUUGCUUCUCCUCUUGAAUUAAUGACAAAAUUUGGGAAGGUGGAAAAAAAUAAGGAAUUAGACACUGACUACCUGUCUUCUAUAGAGGUUGUUAUUAUUGAUCAUGCGGAUGUAAUAUCAUUGCAGAAUUGGAGUUUUCUUACUUCUGUUGUUGAGCAUCUGAACCAUAUACCAUCAAAGCAGCAUGGAACUAAUGUUAUGCGAAUCAGACAGUGGUACUUGGAUGGAUUUGCUCGAUUUUAUCGGCAGACAAUUAUUUUAGGUUAUUAUCUAAACCCAGACAUGAAUGCUCUUUUCAAUCACCAUUGUGUUAACUAUCAAGGAAAGGUGAAGUCAGUGCAUGAGCAUAACGGUGUUCUUCCUAAAGUUUUAUCCCAAGUGCGCCAGAUCUAUGAAAGAUUUGACGCAAACUCGAUAGCUGAUGUCGAUGAUGCUCGUCUUGAAUAUUUUGCUAAGAAGGUGUUUCCUAAGAUAAAAGAUUCUGAACAGGGUGGGAUUAUGCUAUUUGCCAGCUCUUACUUUGAAUUUGUUCGACUUCGAAAUUUCUUAAAGUCUCAGAAUGCAUCAUUCUGUUUACUUGGGGAUUACACAGAUCAGAGAGAUAUAUCUCGUGCACGGGUUUGGUUUUUUGAAGGGAAGCGAAAGAUCAUGCUUUACACUGAGAGAAUUCAUUUUUAUCGCAGAUAUAAGAUUCGUGGUAUUCGAAAUUUGAUCAUCUAUUCUCUCCCAGACAGGAAGGACUUUUAUGCUGAGAUUGUCAAUAUGCUUGAAGGGUCAGAUGACUUGGCAUGCACCGUCUUAUUUUCUCUGUUUGAUAAGCUACGGCUGGAGAGAAUUGUUGGAUCUGCUCCCGCAAAAAGAAUGAUCAAAUCAGAGAAGGGGGUCUUUGUUUUUUGCUAAAACAGUAGGAGAUCGUAUCUGGCCAGUGAAGACUGAUGGAAAGCAAACUUCCCAGAGGGAGCUGUGACUGUCAUGAGGCUUUUAUGAGGAUUGCUAACAAAAUUAGAAAGAUCAUCGUCAUAUGCUUAUUAGAAUCCCUUGGUUCUUAUUGUUAGCAGGCAAAUCCAUCCAUCAUAUUUAUAUAACAUAGAUGAUGAAAUGUAGUUUUAUUGUAACUGCAGAUGAUUCUGAUAUUCAUACUGAUGGUAAAAUAUUAUUAUUCCCUUAUUCGAGUAUGGCUUCUAUUUGGUUGUGACUUUUGCCAAUUUUGUUGAUAAAUUCUAGUAAUCUUGUAGGAGAUAAUUUCGGUCCGUAGUUUUUUCUUAACGAUCAUUUUGGUUGGAUGGGCUACCUAAUGAAUUAAAUUAUUAUUUAAGGAUUGGAAAAUUGUGUUUUAUGAUCAGCACUCGUGUGGAAUA